GCAUUGGCGUGCGUGCGGCACACGUUUAAGGUACAAAGGUAAAUGGUCGAUUUAUGUUGAGUUCGAUAAACAGGAGAAAAAGGGCGACGAAAUAAAGCACCAUGGAUAUACGACCAAACCACACCAUCUAUAUCAACAACCUAAAUGAAAAGAUCAAAAAAGAUGAGCUGAAGAAGUCUCUCUAUGCAAUCUUCUCCCAGUUUGGGCAGAUCUUGGAUAUCGUGGCUCUAAAGACACUUAAAAUGAGGGGACAAGCAUUUGUUGUAUUUAAGGAUAUAAACAGUGCUAUCAAUGCUCUCAAGUCCAUGCAGGGAUUUCCCUUUUAUGACAAGCCAAUGAGAAUCCAGUAUUCCAAGAAAGACUCUGAUUUGAUCUCUAAGAUGAAGGGUACAUUUGUGGAGAGGCCCAAAAGGAAGAAGGAGGACGAGCCUGCUGAAGGAAAGAAAAAGAAGAAAGCCCAGCAGAAGGCCGCUGCAGCAGCUGCAGCCGCAGUUACCGCUCCAGUGCAGCAGGUGGUUCAGCCCCCUCAACAGAUGCCAACAGCUCCUGCCCAGACUGUUUUGACUACUGCACCUGCCACUAUGCCAGAACAACCACCCAAUAACAUCCUAUUCCUGACCAACUUGCCAGAGGAAACCAACGAAAUGAUGUUAUCUAUGUUGUUUAACCAGUUCCCGGGAUUCAAGGAGGUCAGAUUGGUUCCUGGUCGACACGAUAUCGCUUUUGUUGAGUUCGAAAAUGAAAUACAGUCUGGAGCAGCCAAGGACACAUUACAGGGAUUUAAAAUUACACCUAGCAAUGCCAUGAAAAUAUCGUUUGCUAAGAAAUAAAGUUUUAAGAUUAUCUCAUCACUGUGGUUCCUCAGAUGUGCCACAUCCUGUUCAAAAUUAAUUUUCACAUGACUGAUCUGAAGGCAUAGUUGACAUUUUCACUGGUAACUGUCAUGUAAAAAACACAUCUGUUUUGAUAACGUGAAUAAUUUUAUGUCAGGCUUCUAAAUUGGUUUUGCCGGUUCCAUUUUCAGAAACCAAACUUGUCUCUCUGGUCUCUUGGAAUUUGUUCAUCUGGACUUAAAUUAAAAACCGGCAUUGCAUUUAGCUGGUUAACGACAGACAGGUUUGAUACUGGUUACCCAGCAUUGCACAUUGCUGUGUUGAUCAGAAAAGUUUUUAUACUGGUCACCCAGCAUUGCACAUUGCUGUGUUGAUCAGAAAAGUUUUUAUACUGGUCACCCAGCAUUGCACAUUGCUGUGUUGAUCAGAAAAGUUUUGAUACUGGUUACCCAGCAUUGCACAUUGCUGUGUUGAUCAGAAAAGUUUUGAUACUGGUCACCCAGCAUUGCACAUUGCUGUGUUGAUCGGUGAAGUUUUGAUACUGGUCACCCAGCAUUGCACAUUGUUGUGUUGAUCAGAAAAGUUUUUGUACUGGUCAUCCAGUAUUGCACAUUGCUGUGUUGAUUAGAAAAGUUUUGAUACUGGUUACCCAGCAUUGCACAUUGCUGUGUUGAUCAGAAAAGUUUUGAUGCUGGUUACCUAGCAUUGCACAUUGUGUUGAUCAGAAAAGUUUUGAUACUGGUCACCCAGCAUUGCACAUUGCUGUGUUGAUCAGUGAAGUUUUGAUACUGGUCACCCAGCAUUGCACAUUGUGUUGAUCAGAAAAGUUUUUGUACUGGUUACUCAGCAUUGCACAUUGCUGUGAUAACCAGAACAUACUAAUCAGUAUUAGUGGUUGUCCAGCAUUGCACUUUGCUGUGAUAAUCAGUAUUAUUGGUUGUCCAGCAUUGCACAUUGCUGUGAUAAUCAGUAUUAGUGGUUGUCCAGCAUUGCACAUUGCUGUGAUAAUCCGUACAGGUUUUAAUGACUGGUCAGGCAGCAUGGCAAAAAGCUGUGGUAAUUACAACAGCUUUCCGAAAUUGACCAUCUUGCAUUGCACAUUGUUGAUAACCAUGUCAGUGGUUUAAAUUCAGUCUGGGCACCCUUGUGCCAAGUGAGAUUUGUAAUGUUUGAUACUUGUCUUUUGAUACCUGAUGUUAAUUCAGGUUUCAAGAACUUGUUACUACAAAUGUCAUCUUUGUUGUUAGUUAAAAACUGAGAAGUGAUAUGCAUGUAGUAGUUAUUUGACUGUUUAUUAACUGCUAUGAACAGAUCUGGCAUGUCUCUAAUUUUCACCUGCUCUGCCAGUUGUAUCUGAGUGUUGCCUAUCAACGAUUUCUGGGCCUUUGCUUGUCAACAGUCAGCCUGGUCAUGUGGUAUGCUUGAGUAGACUUUGCGGACAAAGUUGGCAACACUCGACUGAUCACCAAACUCAUCAUUGCCAGUGUAUAAAUUGAAUUUGGGCACCCUGAAGACUGCUAACAUAACAAAGUGCUUGUUUGUGCACUUCAAAACACUACGUGAAAUGAAAGGCCAUUGCAGAUGAAUCUUCUGACAUACUUUGUUUUAUUUUGUAUUUUUGUGCAAGGUAGGUGUGCAUGUCCUGAUAAAGUAGUUUGUUUUGUCAUUCACAUUUUUUUUUUUACCACAUUCCUGUACAUUGUCAUUUUCACACGUAAUUAAAUGCCAUAA